AUGAAUUUUUUAUGCUUAGGUCCAGGUGUCCUGGACGUUCCAUCACCGGACGUCGGACUCGAUGUUAAAUUUGGUUUUAAUGAUUUAUGUCCUGUCUGUGGUGACAAAGUCAGUGGCUUUCAUUAUGGUCUCUUGACAUGUGAAUCAUGCAAAGGAUUCUUUAAACGAACAGUACAAAAUAAAAAAAAUUACCAAUGUAUUGACAAACAACAAUGUCAAAUAGAUAAAACUCAACGAAAACGUUGUGCUUUUUGUCGUUUUAAAAAAUGUUUACAAGUUGGUAUGAAAUUAGAAGCUGUUCGAGAAAAUCGUGUACGAGGUGGAAGAAAUAAAUUUGGUCCAUUAUAUCGUCGUAGUCGAGCAUUACGUCAACAAAUCAUGCGACAACAUUUUGUUAGUAUGGUUAAAGCACAACAAAAUAUAAUGCCAAACGGUAAUGGUAUUGAUACUGUUCAUACACCAUUAGAUAUAACUGGUGUAACAAAUGGUAAUAGUAUGCAAGUUAAAUCUGAACCUGAACAACCAAAUCUUCAUCCAUUUCAACAUAUGUAUUCGAGUUUACAAAAUCCAACAAAUGUUGGUCAUCCAUCACAUGUACAUCAUCAAAAUCCUCAUCCUCAUCAUCCAUCUUCAACGCAUCAUUCACAUCAUUAUCAGUCAUCGCAUCAACAACAACAACAACAACAACAACAACAGCAACAAAAAUCUUCAUCAACAUCAACAUCAUCAUCAGCAUCAACAUCAUUUAAUGUUUAUCCAGAUUUUUUUAAUACAAAUCCAAAUGUUACAAAUAAUUCACGUAUGCCACCAUUUCAGUUAAAUCCAUUUAAUACAUAUUAUAAAAAUCCACCAGCAACAUAUGGACAUUCACCACCGUCAUUACUUUUGCCAUCAACAUCAUCAUUACCAACUGGUGUAUCAACAACAAAUGCAUCAACAAAUAACAGUAAUCCACCCUCAGGUUCAUCAAAUUCGAGUUCAUCACCUGUUGGACAAAUAUCAUCAAAAUUACUUGAUUAUCAAAUAUCAUCACCAACAACGACAACAACCACAACAACAACAACAACAGGAGGAGGAACAAAUACAAAUAAUUCAACAUCAAAUACAUCAUCGAUAUUAAGUACAUUAACAAUGCAACAACAAUCAAUUGCUCCUCAUGAUCCAAUGAAUACAGAUAAUAAUACAGGAACAUCAUCAAUUUAUUUUUAUAAUCAUCAAUAUUUAGCAUCGAGUUAUGAUAUGAACGAAACACAUAAUAUACCAGAAAUAUUAACAAAACUUAUUGAAUCUGAUCAAGCUUAUCGAUGUACUGAAGUUCGUUAUAUUGAAGAUAUUCAACAAAUUCAUAUUGAUUUAACACGUGAUGAUGGUGAUAUAUUAGUUGUAUGUUCACUUUUAGAUAAAUUAUGUUUUCUUAUGGUUGAUUGGGCUCGACAAUCAUUGUAUUUUAAAGAUAUUCAAAUUGAUAAUCAGAUAAAAUUAUUAAAAGCAGCAUGGAUUGAAAUCCUGAUUAUUGAUCUUAUAUGGAAACAGUGUCAACAACCAAAAGAAACUUGCGUAAACUGUAUUGUUAGUGCAAAUGGUCAAUUAUUAAAUAUAAAUUUAAUUCAAAAUCCAGCUGUUAAAAAAUUAGCUGAAAGAUAUUUACAAUGUGUUAAUGAUUUUCGUCAAUUACAGUGGCAAUAUCCAGAAUAUCUUGCACUCAAAUAUUUGGUGCUCUUUGAUCCAGAUGUUCAAGGUGUUACUGAAUCGAGUCUAAUUGAAGACGUUCAAGAAAAAAUUACAAAUGCUUUAGGUGAAUAUACAACUGAUCAUAAUAAUUCAUCAUCAACAUCCAAUCCAACAAAAACAUCUUCAAGCCAACAACAACAAAUACCAACAAAUGAACAAGAAAAAUUUGCUUGUAUUUUACUUAAAUUACCCGAUGUACGUCUUGUUGGAAAUGAUUUAAAAAAAUUAUUACAAUUAAUCGAUCGUAAACAUGACGGUAAACUUCUUGAUGGUUGUUUACUUGGCGAAAUGCUCAAUGGUUUACAAUCGAAUAAUUAA